AUGACAAAACCGCUUGUGUUGGUAUUUUCCAUCCUUCUUCUCACAAUCCUUGCUGCUUCUUUCACAUUGGCAGCUGAUGGUUUGGCCAAAACUCAAGAAAACGUUUCUGUUGUGGUCAAUUUGAAUUUGGCUGCAAAAGGCAAAACCAAUUCACCAGCAGUUGCAACUCCUCAACCUGAACAAACAAGUCAACCAGAGGAAAAGAAAGAAACUCCACAACCUGAACCACAAAAUAAUCAAGUUCCUUCUCAACCUGUUGAACCAGUCAAGGAAGAAAAGCCAGCAACACACGAAAGGUUAACUAAUCAAGACGAAUCUUCAUCAAGUGUUAAUUUUGAAGCUGCUGAUGAAAAAACUAAAGCUGGAACUCUUUCUGAAGCAUUGAAGAGUACUAUUACCCCAUUUGAUGAAAGAGUUAUUGCUGGAAAUUUGUUGUAUUUUGCUGAAGAUUUGAAUGCUAUUGUGGAAGCCAUUCCAACUCAAACUUCUGAACAAAAACAAGUCAAAUCUCAACUCAUGUUAAUUGUUUCCAAUUUACUUUCCAAAACUUCACAUCCAGGAGCUGAUCUCUUAAAGAAUACCCUAUCUGCAACAGUUGCAUCUGCUUCUGCUGCAUCAUCCUCCUCAGGUGGUGCUCAAACUUUGGAAAAUGAUGAAACAGCAUCUGAAACUUCAUUGGAAUCCACUGAACAUGUUGGACACUAUUCCAAUUCCAUUUCUUCUGCUGCCAAUUAUGUUGCUGGACCAAUUGCCAAGACUCUAGCUCAUAUUGGUUUGGGUAACAUGUCAAGACGUGCUCAACAAUUGGGAAUGAAUCUUAAUAGAUUUUCAGAGACUCAUGUUGCAACUAUUGAAAAUACUAUUGCCAGAAAUAUUGCUCCAGUUCUCAAGACUAAAUCUCUUUCUGAAAUUAGAGGAACAUUGAAAAAGGUUCAAUCUGCCAUUAGCUCUGGAAAGGGUUUCACUGCUCUUGGUUUGAAUAAGAGAAUUUACAUGCCAUCCACUGCUAAUGGUAUCAAAGCAUAUAUUAAAAAGCACAAUGAUAAGGUCAGAAAGCAAGUUGGUGUCAAGAGUUUGAAAGAUGCCAAUUCCAGACUCAACAAUUACAAGAAGGUCUUUGUUAAUAAGAAAUUGGUUACUAAAUUCAAGGGUGCUGACAAGAAGAUUAGAACUGCUGGAAAGUCAAGCAAGAAGAGCAGCUCAAAGAGCUCAUUGAAAUCUUCCACAUCAUCAAAGAGAGGUGUUAAGGGAGCAAAGAAGGCAAGUAAGGGAGUUGGUGGUAGACCUUCAUCAAAAAGUGCCGCUGUGAAGAGAGGAGGUAAGAAAUCAUCUUCCUCAUCAUCCUCUCGUUCAAGAGGAAGUGUUAAGAGAUCUUCAGCAUCCUCUUCAUCAUCUAGACAAGUUAAAAAGAAGAAGACUUCUUCCUAUUAA